CUGUGGCCUGUCGUGACUCCCAUUAUCCUCACAUUCAUUCUCAUUCUUACUUAUUUUUACCCCUUUUUCCGUUUUCCAGAGAUGCCUGCGCCAAAUCCUUCUUGCAGCUUUUCUUGUACAGAUUCGUGCUUUUUCUCUCACAAUUUAGCAUUUUGUUUUGUUUAACCUCGACUUUUGCAGUGUCUUCUGUAACCAUGAAGUUUGGGAAAAGGCUGAAAGUGCAAAUAGAGCAGACACUGCCGGAAUGGCGGAAUAAAUUUGUGUCGUAUAAGGAAUUGAAGAAGCUAGUGAAGCUCACAGCAGGGGAAGAGAAAAGAAACAGCAAAAGGCCAAGGCUGGAACACAACGAUCAUGAUCCAGGGCACGGCAAAUGGGAGAUGACUCGGAGUGCAGAGGAAUCGGAGUUUGUUCAGCUUCUCAACGCCGAGAUCGAGAAGUUCAAUUCCUUCUUUGUGGAGCAGGAAGAAGAGUACAUUAUUCGUCAAAAGGAACUGCAUGACAGGAUUGACAAGCUCAAGACUAAAACUGGACCUAACGGUGAACCUCUCUCUGAAAAAGAACACGAGGAAGAGAUGAUUAAACUGAGGAAAGACAUUGUCAAUUUCCACGGCGAAAUGGUUCUGCUAGAGAAUUACAGUGCUCUCAACUACACAGGAAUUGCAAAGAUCUUGAAGAAAUAUGACAAGAGAACAGGAGGCGUGUUACGGCAGCCAUUCAUCCAGGAGGUUCUGCAACAGCCCUUCUUCACUACAGAGCUUCUCUCCAAUCUCGUCAAACAGUGCGAAGAAACCCUCCACAGUUUGUUUCCAGAGCAUCCACUUCCACUUCCUUCCCCUGAGCUUCAAACAACAUCUGAGCCUCUGCAGCAGCGCAGUCAAUCUCAAGAGAAGAUCGAGAAGAUUUACACAAGCACUGUGGCAGCGCUUCGAACAAUGAGAGAUAUACGCAAGACAAGUUCCACAUACAGCAUUUUUUCCUUACCCCCUCUGAAUAUACAUUUUCAUGGUUUUGCAGACGAGAAUGACAACUCUAUACCCUCAUCUUCACUUAUACCCCUCUGUCCAAAAACUUAACAGCUGUAAAUCCAUACACUUGAAUCAUCAUCAAUCAUACUCACAGAGAUUUACUUCCUUUUUCUUUCAGUCUGGAUUAGCUAUACUUGUUGUCUACUCCCAAAUAUUUAUUGUUAUUUUUAUGCCCCUUCACGCGUUUUUCUCGAAAGAGUACAAACAAAGUAACUGCUCUGCUCCCUUCACACGAAACUUCGGAGAAAUAAAUAAUGAAUGUAUUCUACUUGUUUAAGAAUUAUAUAAAAAAGAAAAUUCAAGAUUA